AUGUACGGAAGAAAGAGACAAAGACCUGCUUCUGCAGAUUUCCAUCAUGUUGCCAAUAAGAAGCAAUCAUAUUCUUUGCCUCAUAAUGCAUCCAAGUUGGACAAUUUAUGGAAUGUAUUACCAAAGGUCACUCAGGAUAACAAGAUCUCUCAAUUACCUAUAGAAAGAAUUAUUAAACACAGCCAAAUAUUGAUAAGAAUCACUGAAGAGCAACGUUUAAAGCUACCAAUAUUCCUUGCAGAUUUACGAAGGGCAUUGGAGUUGGAAACCAUUACUCUACACGAGAGCUUUGUUGAGCUCAAAGCUUUCACACUACUUCAGGCAUCUGUAGCUAUAACUGCUAUACUCAACUAUCUAUAUCGUUUAUCUUUGAGGCCAGAAAAGGAUAUUAAAUACUGGGACGUUGAAUCUGCCUGUUUACUACGAGGAUCUCUGCUGGUUCACAAAUCCGUUAAAAUACAACAAACAGAAACAACAUCAGAUAUACUAUUUAAACGUGUCCCCAAACGGAAAUCAUUCAAAUGUCAACUAUCAGCUAUAACUGCCGUACCUCAAUUCAAGGAAGUUUAUCUCGAAGGAGAGUCCGUAAAAGAAUUCAUGGCAGGGAUUAUUACUUCAAUGAAUAAUUGGAGAUUUCGUCCAGUCCACGCAUCUGUAAACGACCUUGCAUCGCAAAACAUUGCGUUGCUAAGGCAAAGAAUAACCGCUUCAACUAACGAACUUCCUAUACUCACGAAACUUUUUGAUCCUGAAAUACUUAGAAGCAAAAACAAGCAGCUUAUUAACAAUGAUCAAAGCGUUUUGGAAAGUUACAUGAAAGAAUUGAUAGAAUAUAACGACAAGUUACCAGUUAUUAAUGUCUCAGACUCGAAAUCAAAGCAAAAAACGGCAAAUGGCACUGCGAAAGCUAAGUCACAUACACCAUCUAAGGUCAACAAUCCAACAUCACGUUACAAAGGUGGCUCGAAUAUACCUGCUGUAACACCAACUUCUUCAUCAAGGGUCGGAAACCACACUAAGGGUCAGUCACCUAAUCCUAGUUUGAUUCCAAGAGCAACUUUAAAUUCUGCGAUAUCUUCUCAAGACUUACAGGCGUACUGUAUCGAGACUAUCAAAUCAUCAAUAUCCAAAGUUUCAGCAGGCUCUUCUUUCCAAAUAAUAAAGUCAUACGUGAAAUACCCCAAAUCACAUAUUGAUCUCAUAUAUGAUAAUCUAAAUCAAAUCAAAUCAACAACCAACUGUAACAUCGUUGUCCUAAACUUACAAACAAUACACGAGUCGAAUGCCUGGUUCCAACAAUUAGAACUAGACUCUAAUCUCAAUCCGCCAACGAACCUUACCAGAGUUAUCAGCGUAGGUGGUGUUGGAGGGAAAUGUAAAACUGCUUUAGAAAUGAUCCUGACUUUACUACAAACAGGAAGUCUAUGA